AUGACUUCGUAUUCUCUGCGCGUUGGAUGCAGUAUUCGUGAUAUCCUGACACCUGCACUUGUGGUAGACCUACAAAAGUUAGAUUAUAACUUAAAGAGACUGCCUGAAUCUUUGAAAGGAAUCAAUAUCAAUAUUAGGCCCCAUGCUAAAGCCCACAAAUGUCCAUCUUUAGCCCAUUUUCAGAUUAAACAUGGCUCCGUCGGAAUGUGCUGUCAAAAGUUAUGCGAAGCUGAGAGCAUGGUAACUGGUGGUAUCAAAGACAUCUUGUUGUCCAACGAGCUUGUUGGAAAAUCCAAACUUACCAGGCUAGCUUUGCUAGCUAGAAAUGCACAUAUUACUGUAUGCAUUGACAACGAAGACGUUGCUUCUCAAUUAUCUCACAUUGCCAAAGAUUUAAAUGUUGAAUUGGAUGCCUUAGUGGAGAUUGAUGUAGGUCAAGAGAGAUGUGGUGUACCGCCAGGAGAAGCUGCUGUUAACCUCGCUCGUCAUUUAACCAGCUUACCCAAUUUACAUUAUAAAGGGAUUCAAGCCUAUCAAGGGUGGAAUCAACACAUUAGGAAGUAUAACGAUAGAAAGGCAGCGGUUGACAUGGUAGUAACGAAAGUAAAAGUUACUUUAGAGGCUUUAAGAAAACAUAAUUUACCUUGUGAAAUUGUGACCGGUGGAGGCACUGGAACUUACAUAUUUGAAGCCAAUAGUGGAGUGUACACAGAGGUUCAACCGGGUUCAUAUGUUUUUAUGGAUGCAGAUUACGGCCGAAAUUUUGAUCAGAAGGACGAAUAUGUAUCGGAUUUCCGGCAAAGUCUGUUUGUGCUGAGUACUGUCGUCAGUGUUACGCCUGGUCAACGUGCCGUAUUAGAUGCCGGACUGAAAGCGAUUAGCCUUGAUUCUGGCGUACCUGUUUUAGCAGAUUACCCAGAACUAACUUUCAAUAAUGGUGGAGAUGAACAUGGGAUCAUUACACCAGCUGGCAAUUUCAAGGUUGGUGACACGGUAUGGCUUGUUCCUGGACAUUGUGAUCCAACAGUCAAUAUGUACGAUAAUCUGAUCGGUAUCAGAAACGGAAUUGUAGAAUGCGUCUGGCCAAUUUCAGGUCGUGGACCUGGAGUUUAG